CGACAUCGCGCUCCACCCCUCUGACCCCUUCAAAGUCCCCCCCCCCAUUUGGCCCUGUGGUGCACGCUGGGAUACCGCGGGUUGCCUCACGAUGCGCAUGUUACCGCCCCUCAUGAAGAACAUUCCAGAAGCCAGCAGAUCACCCGUCAGAAGAACUUGUUAGAUAAGAGAAGAAAAAAAUACAAAAAAUGACAAGCAAAUUCGACGAAAUAUUAACGCGGAUUGGGACUGGAAAAUGGAAUUUAAUGUUCUUUCUGGCAACUUCGUACUGGCAGUUGCAGCUUGUGCCCCAUACCCACAGUGCAGUGUUCCUCACGCCGAGGGUAUCAUAUACGUGUCGCCCGCCCGACAAUGGGUACACGAUCACCUUUACGACCUACGCUGCCGGGACUGUUACCAGAAAUACAACGGAGAAUUGUCACUUCUUCGCCAACAGUAGCGAAGACGGAGGCGGUUUCGUGAAGGAGCCGUGUCGGGCUUGGGAAUAUGACAACCUUACUUUCACCAACACCCUUACGACGCAGUUUGACCUCGUUUGCUCCUCGGAUUACCUCCGGGCAACGUAUGAACAGAUGUACAUGUUUGGAAUGCUGGUGGGGGCCCCUCUCGCUGGCAUUCUCAGUGACAGAUUCGGGCGCAAGACAGUGUUUUCUGUGGGGAUAGUCUCCUACCUCGUCCUGUCUAUAGCAUCUUGUUGGUUACCUAGCUUCACAGCCAUCCUCGCCUCGCGCUUUUUCCUGGGAUUCCUUCAUCCAGCCGGUCUCCAGGUUGCCUACGUCUUAGCCAUGGAGGUGUGUGAGUCUCGGUACAGGUCCAUCGUGGGUGUUCUCCUUGCCUUACCCUGGGCACUGGGCACUAUCGCCUGGGGUAUCUGGGCACACCUUCUGCGAGACUGGAAGUGGUUGCAGUUAGCUGUCUCCCUCCCUGGCCUUAUUCUCCUGCCGGUUUUGUGGUUUUUGGACGAGUCUCCCCGCUGGCUCGUGAUCAGGGGCCAGUUCGACAAAGCGCAGAAGAUCCUCGAGAAAGCGGCCCACUGGAACGACGUCCAGCUUCCUCCCCCGGGCCAGUUAGAACGUCUCAUGAGGAAUAUUCACAAGGAGACGAUUUUGGCCAAGGAAGGAAUAAUGGCUGAUCACGAGGGAGCAAUUCCACUGAGAAGAAAACUUUGGCUGUUCGUACUCAAAAUAUUUGUUUUAUUUAG